CUCUCCCUCUCCCCCCUCUGUUUCUCUCUCUUCUCUGUCUUUCUCCUCCCUCUCUCUUCUUCUUCCCCGGUCUCUCUGUCUCCCCCUUCCUUGGGGUGGCUCUGCUCCAAGGGCCCCGGGCGCCGGGGGCGGAGCUGGAGCGGGGCUGGAGACUAGCGGGCCCCUCCUCCUGUUUCUCCUCCUCCUGCUCCUCCCCAGCCUGCUUAAAAGUCCCGAGGUCUCCCAGGCCCCUCCAGAUGCACCCUGAGCAGUCUGGAUCCUUCUAGCUUCCCACCUUGGAGACCCCCUGCUCGGCGCCUCCCGGCCCCGGAGAACAGGAUGAAUGACCAGAAUUGCCAAGACAGUUGUAGAGGUGGAAGCAAGGUGUCAGAUUUCACUUGGGAGGUGAAGGCCAACGACCGGGCUUUCCACCUGAAGUUCAAGAAGAAGUUAUUUCUGUGUUGGAAGAGGAGGAAAUACAGGGACAAUGCCAUCAAGACGGCCAAAUACAACAUGCUGACCUUCCUGCCCCUGAAUCUCUAUGAACAGUUUCAUCGAUCGGCCAACCUCUACUUCCUCUUUGUCGUCCUUCUCCAGACCAUCCCAGAAAUCUCCACACUGCCUUGGUUUAGCCUGAUGAUGCCACUGGUGUGUCUCCUCAUCAUCCGAGGGACCCGAGAUCUGGUGGACGACAUAGCCCGAUAUAGGAGUGACAGGAUGAUUAAUGGGAGACCCUGUGAAAUUCUGAUGGAGAAAAGCUUCUGUAAGAAGAGAUGGCGGGACAUCCAUGUGGGCGAUGUAGUCUGUUUGCAGAAAGAUGAUUUUGUCCCGGCUGACCUGCUCCUCUUGGCCACUUCAGAACCGAGCAGCCUGUGUUAUGUGGAAACAGCAGACAUCGAUGGAGAAACCAACCUGAAGUUCCGCCAGGCCCUGAUCAUCACCCAUAAAGAACUGGUCAGUGUGGACAAGAUGGCAGCUUUCGAUGGGAUCGUGGUGUGUGAGGAGCCCAACAGCCGGAUGCACACAUUUGUGGGAACCUUGGAGUGGAAGGGGGAGAAGUAUUCCCUGGACAGCGAGAAGAUUCUUUUGCGGGGUUGCCGGAUUCGCAACACAGACAUCUGCUAUGGCCUGGUCAUUUAUGCAGGUUUUGAUUCCAAGAUCAUGAAGAACUCUGGGAAGAUCAAGCUGAAGAGGACAAAGCUGGACCGGAUGAUGAACAAACUUGUCAUUUUUAUAUUCCUGAUGCUGGUGGUGAUCUCUUUAUGCCUGGCAGUGGCCUAUAGCUUCCAGGUGGUGGAUUUCCAGGCCAAACACAGCUACCUGAAUGAAUUCCAUAGAAAUUCAUCUCCAGUCCAGGAGGCCUUCCUUGUCUUCUGGGGCUUCAUGAUCCUGCUCAGUGUCAUUGUGCCAAUGUCCCUCUACAUCACUUUUGAGUUUGUCUAUCUGGUGAAUAGCUGUUUCAUCAAUUGGGACCUGGAGAUGUACUACUCGCCCCAGGACAUUCCCGCCAACGCCCGGAAUACCAGCCUCAAUGACCAGCUGGGACAGAUCGAGUACAUCUUCUCUGACAAGACAGGAACCCUGACCCAGAACAUCAUGACCUUCAAGAAAUGCUGUAUUAACGGGCUGAUUUACGGUACGGAUGGUGGAGAAGACCUGAAGGCUAUCUCUUGGAGAUGGAACAAGUACGCAGAUGAGAACCUGAUAUUCUAUGACUCUCAGCUCCUAGAAGAUGUCCUGAAAGAUGAGGACGAAGUGGCCCGAGAGUUCUGGAGGCUGCUGGCCCUCUGCCAUACUGUCAUGGUGGACGAGAAGGAUGGCCAGCUGGUCUACCAGGCAGCUUCUCCGGACGAGGAAGCCCUGGUGACAGCCGCUCGGAACUUUGGCUAUGUUUUUCUGUCUCGGACUCAGGAUACCAUCACCACCAUUGAGCUUGGUGUAGAGAGGAUCUAUCAGGUGCUGGCCAUGAUGGACUUCAACAGUUCCCGAAAGAGGAUGUCUGUACUCGUGAGAGACCCUGAAGGCAAAAUUCGACUGUAUACCAAGGGGGCAGACACGGUGAUCUUUGAGAGGUUACAGCCAGGAUGUCCUAAUGAGCUUGCUACUGAGAAGGCCCUGGAUACCUUUGCGAAACAGACGCUUCGGACACUCUGCUUAGCCAGCAAAGAAGUGGAGGAUGAGUUCUACCAAGAAUGGAGCAAGAGGCACCAUGCAGCCAGUGUUCUCCUGCAGAAUCGGUCCCAGGCGCUGGAAAAAAUAUAUGAGGACAUGGAGAAGGACCUCAAGCUCUUGGGAGCCACAGCCAUUGAGGAUAAGCUGCAAGAUGGCGUGCCUGACACCAUCGACCUUCUCAAGAAAGGGAAUAUCAAGGUGUGGGUAUUGACUGGAGACAAACAAGAGACUGCAGUGAACAUUGGGUUUGCCUGUCGACUGUUAUCUGAUGAUAUGGAAAUUCUGGAUGAGAAGGAAAUCCAAGAGAUGGUUGAGAUCUGUUCAGAGAGCAAUAACAACUUCGGUGGUGUCCUAAAUUGUGACUCAAGGCUCCAGCAGCAACAGGGCAAACUGGCCCUUGUGGUCACCGGAGACUUCCUGGACACGCUUUUGCCCAAGGCUGAGGAGUCACAGGCCUCAGAAAAGAAGUCCAGCCUGCUGGCCAUGGUGGGGGAGCACUGUCGAAUUUGGCAGGCUCCUGAGGACCUGGCAAUCCGGAGGGAGAGAGCCUUUGUGGAUCUGGCCACCCAGUGCCAGGCUGUCAUCUGCUGCCGAGUGACCCCUAAGCAGAAGGCCCUUAUUGUCCAAAUGAUCAAGAAGUAUCAGAAAGUGAUCACACUGGCCAUCGGGGAUGGUGCCAAUGAUGUCAACAUGAUCAAGACUGCUGACAUCGGGGUGGGGAUCAGUGGUCAGGAAGGCAUGCAGGCGGUCCAGUGCAGUGACUAUGCCCUGGCCCAGUUCUCCUACCUGAAGAGGCUGCUUCUGGUGCACGGACGCUGGUCUUACCUCCGAAUCUCCAAGUUUCUCCGUUACUUCUUCUACAAGACCUUUGCCAGCAUGAUGGUCCAGAUCUGGUUCGCUUUCUACAAUGGCUUCACAGCUCAGCCAUUAUACGAAGGUUGGUUCCUGGCGCUCUACAAUGUCUUCUAUUCAGCCUAUCCUGUGCUCUCCAUGGGCCUUCUAGAGCAGGAUAUGAGUGCCAAGAAGUGCUUGGAAUUCCCUGAGCUUUAUAGUGUGGGGCAGAAGAACCAACUCUUCAACUACCAGGUCUUCUUUGUGGCCCUGGCCCAGGGGGUUGCCACAUCACUGGUGAAUUUCUAUGUAACCGUGUGGGCAUUUACUGACACAGCUGGGCCUGGUGGCAUCUGCGAUUAUCAGACCUUUGCUAUCACUGUGGCCACAUCUGCCCUUUUCUCGGUCAUUGCUGAGAUUAUCAUCGACAUCAAGUUCUGGACCAUCCUGUCUUUCCUGGCUGUCUCCUCCAGUGUGAUCCUCUACAGCCUCAUGUCUUUCCUCACCCAGAACUUCUCUGCCUUCCACAUGGCACCCACCAUUUUCAGAUUUUUAGAUGUUAACCAAAAUGCCCUGACAGAACCCUACAUUUUGCUGGUGGUGCUGCUGACUGUGAUCACGAACACCAUGCCCUCACUGGCUGUCCGUCUACUGUGUCAUAUCAUUGCUGAGUCUGAAUCUAGAAGAUCAUACCAGGACUCUCGAAUGGAAGUCAGCGCCGUGGAGCUCACAGCCCACUUCCAAAGGGGCUCCUUUGGCCGCCGCUCUAGUUACGCCUUCUCCCACAAGGAAGGCUAUGCUGAGCUCAUUACCAGGGGGACCAGCCUUCGGAAGAAGGACACCCAGACCAUCGGGGGUAUCAGCUCCAAUGGGGGUUCUAUGCCAGCCACCAAGGACUCGCCUGACCCAAGGACCAGCGUGCCAGUCAAAGAAUCGCCCUGACACCAACCCUGCUUCCCCCUUCUUUUAUGGAACCUUUCAGCCUGCCAGCUCCCGGCUCCUUUUAAGAGUCUGCCAUUUUUAAAGAGUUUUUUUUUGGGGGGGGGGAUGUUUGCCCCUGCCCCCUUACUGAAAUACUGCCUUAUUGCUCUAAAUGCAACAGUGACCUCUCUUGGCAAGAUGGGGGAUUGCAAGGAGGUCAUGCCUCUGGACUUCAGCUGGAAGGGGGGGAAACGCCUCCCUGCCUAAAGGGGAGACAAAGUCCUACCCAAGCCCACCUGCCUGCUGGGCCAGUUCACUGGUUACCAAGAUGGCUGCCUUGGGCCAGGUCCCCACUCCAUACCUUUUCUCAGACCCAUGAAAGGGUCAGGAGCUGUCCACUCCCAUCCCUCUACCCCUUCUUCUUUCCUCACUUUUGUACUUGGUAGUGUCCUUGGGGGAGGUAGAAUGGGUCCCCUCGCUCCAUUUACCUUGGUCCUCAGGGACUCCGCUUUUUGAAUAGCAGGCCUCAUACCCAGAUAGAAGAGAAUCCUGAGGGCCAAAGAGGAGCCAGGAAUGCUGCCCACCUUGCCUUUGUAGGGGGCUGACCUAGCCUUAAGGCAGAGUUAAAUGUCAGAGUUGGAAUGGACCAUAAGCAUUUCCAGAUCCCACCCUCUAAUGCAGAUGAUGAAACAGACCCUGGAAGAAGGUUGUCCUCUUUUUAGCUUUGCACAGACUCACACAGUCAGUCAGAGGUAGAGCUGCCAUUUUUUUUUUGCGCUGUAGUACUCAUCCCUCCCAGUACAGGGAAAGAAACUUGGAUUUGGGAUCCAAGGGCCCGGAUUGUAAUCACUGCAACAAAGGACUUGAGUGAUCUUGGAUAAGUCACUUUCUUCCUUGGGUCUCAGUUGCCUUAUCUGUAAAAUGAGAGGCUUGGACAAGAUGGCUUCUGAGGGACCCCUUCUUGCCCUAAAAUUGUGCUGCUAUGAUACUCUGAUUGUCUAGCAUCUGACCAUACCAGGAUGACCCCUCUAUCCAAACUCUUCCCUUAUCUGCCAAUAAGACUAUAGAACUGAGAGCUAGAAGGGACAUUGGGACCAGCUGAAAGGGAUCACCCCCUCAUUUUUCAUAUGGGGAGAUCAAAGUCCAGAAAGAGGCAGUGACUUGCCCACAGUCCUACAGCUCAUUAGCAUCAGAGCCAGAAUUUUAAUCCAGGCCAUCAGAUGUCAAAGUCAAGCCUCAUUUCCCCCUUCUCAUGACCAUAGUCUACUAAAAUUGGAUGUUAAUCUACCAAAGCCCUAUUCCUUGCAAUGACUCAGGUCCCCAUGGGAUUCAGCUGGUGUUUGAGACCCUCAGGACUUUCCUGAACUGCCUCCUGUCUUUAUCACCUCCCUCCUUAGUGACACACACCUACCUCCGAAAAUCCUAGCUGGCCAGUGCUUGGAGAUCCUCCAGUACAGGGAGGGACCCAGGGAUUGAGGGGCAUCAAGUUGGAGAUUAAAGUUUGGAUGCUACAAACGUCAGUCAGCUGGUGACUGGUUCUUUGGGUUCAAGGGUACAAGAACAAGUUUAGAAGACUUAUCAAGGAAGAACUGAGCCUACAUAAGGGAUGACCCCUCCUGCCAUGAGGGACGUUCAAGCCCAACAACCUUCUAGGUUCCACUGGGUGUGGGAGUGAUGGAAAUAUUACUUGAAGUUGGGUGAACAGGAGAGAUGGAAGGCAGGGCCAACCCUCCCUCCCAAUGGCACUCCCCAGAGUUGGUUUUAAAACCCAGGCCUUCUUGGUAAUCCAGCAGAGCCUGAGAGGAUUCUUGGAGCAACCGCCAUCUUGGCUUGCCCCUUAGCAGAACCUUGGAUAAGAAGCAUCCUUUCUUCACAAGAUCCUUGUGAGAUGGGAAGCUGGAGUGUUGUUAUGGCCAUUAUAUAAGGCUGGCAACAGAUGGUUGAAGUGACUUACCCUGGGCCACAGCUCUCAAGUCUUGUGGUCAGAUUUGGACCCCAAGCCUCUUAAGUCACACAUCUUCCAUUAGAUGACAGGGAAAUUUCUAAGAGCAGGUAUGCUGUCCACACUGCAACUUUCCCCAUUGUGGUUCUAGAUAUUGCAGGUUGGCAUAAGAAAUUAAAUGGGAAUUUGGGGGAAGUUUUGUAGAAGCCUCAGAUGACCCGCCAAAAGUUUGGAAACUCAGAAAUGCAUACUUAACCCCAAAUUUACAAUAAGGCACUGUCAAGGAUCCCUAACCGAAAAAGAAAAUUUACCCUGCUUCUCUGAUAGAGAGGGCCAAAACAUUUUACCAGGGUUUUCCAGAUCAUGGGGUACCAUCUGCCUGAUCCCUGCAGGGUGGAAGGGCUAUGUGUACAGCUUCCUCCUAGUCUCUCCUCCUGGGCUGUAGAAAGCUCCUUCCCUUUCUCGGGCUGAGAUCCAUCCCAACCCAAUCAUCUCCCCUACAGGGAAAUAGCCUUCUCUGUCUCAGGCUGUUUCUUCUUCAGAACUGGUUGCAUUCUGGGACGAGGGAUACCUUUUCCUCACCUUAUCCAACCCAGCCAACAUCCACACAGCAGGGUGAGUGACUACAAAAUAAUUUAUUGAAGAAAACAGAAAUGACAAAACCCAACAGAGCAGUGAACAGCAAAAAUGGACCCACCGAGGACGGUUGUUUUGUGUUUUUUUUCUCCUUUUUAAAAAAAUUUAAGCCUGUCACCCAGGGUUGGGGAAAGAGGGACCUAGUUUUCCUCUCCAGCAUUGGGGUUGGCCCAAUGCUUCUCCCCAGCUCAUUCUGCUGUUCCUUCCUUGUCACAGGAUCCAGAGUUGGAAGGGACCUCAGGCCUGCUAGUCCAAGCCCCUCCUUCAUUUUGCUGAUGAAGAAGUGACUUACCCAAGGUCACAUAGGUAGUAUGUGGAAGAGCAGGAUUUCAAAACCAAUGUCCCCCGACUCCAAAUUGGGAAGCCCUGCGCCCCCUCCCCAGCUCUUCUUGUCAUAGCUGGAAACCUGGUUUCUGGGGAUGACAGUUAACCCCCAUUUUCCUGGUAGAGUUGGGGCCUUUAGAGAACUAAGAAUAACUGACAGGGUGGCUAGUUUUGACUCCAAAUAUCAAUCUCUCCCUCAGAGAUGGGAAUAAACCCAAUAUCCAGAGUAGGGGGGGUCCAUUCAGCCCCCCCAGGGCCUGUUGCCAGCCUCCAGUGCUUUGCUCAAUUCCUGUCCGGACUGCCUUUUGUCCAGCUGUCUAGUUUGGAGAUAAGCCUGGGGAAGGAGAGAUGUUGGAAACUCUGCAGAGCUAAUAGCCUGACUGCCAGCCCCCCCCCCCCCCCAUCUGUUAAGGGCUCUUGGGGGAAUCGGUGGAUGGGCCCCUGGACUGCACUUGAGAUCAGAUUUGAACCCUAGCUCAAACGAUAGCUAUGCAGCCUGGGGCAAUGACUCAUCCUCUCCAGGCCAGUUUCCUCAAUGAACAGGUCUCUUUUAACUGAUGCCUAUCUGUGCUCCCUCAUGCACAGAGCUAAGAUGGGCUCCCCCAAAGGAAGAGAUUCAGAGCUAGAAGAGGACCCUUCAAAAUAAUCCUUCCUGUUCCGUUUUACAGAUGGAGAAACUGAGGCCCAGAGAGGAGAAGAGACUUGAUAAAGGUCAUACAACCUGAGUAACAGAGUUCACAUUUGGGCCCACGGUCACAGCUCUCGCCCUCCCAGGCCAGUGGGGGUGAGGACAGUGUUUGAGCCUGUAAGCCGCCUCCUAUCCUGAUGGGACUGCCCUGAGCACACAGACUCCCAUCUCAAACCUCAAUGUGGCAGGUUGCACUACGAGUUACUUCCACCCUUUUCUGGGUCCUGGCCCUGCCAGGGGGCCCAGUAGGGCUAUGCCCCCCUCUUUGACUUCCUGGUGGCCUGGAGCCUGGCUGCAAGGCCUAAGCCUGCUUUUUCUCUUCCUCUGCCCACCAGGCAUCUCAUAUGCCCCAACGCUGCCUAGGACUUGGCACCCUUUACCUAGAAACUGGGUGCUUUGCAGCCAGCCCCCACUGAAUCACACAGACUGAAAGGUUUCCCCUAAUCCCUAAAGCCUGGGGGUGCCGUGGGGCUAAGAACCCUCUUUGGAGAAGAUUGUCAUGACCAAAAGGAAAAAUCUUUGGUAUAGUUGGUUAGAGCUAGAGGCACGUGGGGAACUGGAGGGCCCAAGACUGAGAGGCUGGGGAUGGCGAGAGGCAGGCCCGUCACCCCUACCCUGAUUAUUGGAAGAGAAGGGGCUCCCAUCCUGGAAGUUGUGCAGCGAACCUUCUUUCCCCCUUCCCCGAGGGUCAGUGAAUAUGAAGAGAGCACCGAUCUGUACUCUGAGAAGGCCUUCUGCAAGGCUUUUUCCCUUUCCUCAUUUGGAACUGGAGGAGACCAUAUCAAGGGUCCCUUCAUUCCAGCUCUAAACUGAGCUCUGCUGAGCUCCCCUCAUUUUUUGUCCUCAUCAUCCCUGUAUGAAGGGGGUCUUCAGGGCUGGAUCAAAGGGACUGAGGAGAAAUUCGAAAUCCCCAAGUGGAAGAAGGCUUGGGGAGCAGGAAGGUGGGGCGAGGGCCCUCAGGCUCCUCAGGCCCCAUGUGAUUAGAUACAGCCAGUGAUGUCCAAGCAAAGCCUGUGGAUUAGCAGAACCUUAGAGGGUUGCUUCCAUCUCUGAUCUAUGUGGUUAAGCCUGGGAGUGCCAGAAGGGUCCUGAUGCCUAGGAAAGGGGCUAGUUGGUCUCUGCUCCGAGAAGAACUGAGGGAGGAAGAGGGAAACACCUCUAGUUACCUUUGGAAGGGGUUCAAGAGGAGCUCUGGUCAUCUCGGGAGAAACUCCAAGGAGGGCAGAAAGUAAGACCAGGUGAGCUGGGUAGCCCCUAGCAUUGGGGAAGGUGGCAGUGGAUCACUCCCAUCCAGUGGGAUGACUGUCCCUUCGCUCACCGAGGCCCAAAUUCCUUGGUAAUCCCUUACCCGAUGAAGGCCUUUGAGAUCAUGGUUAGAGCUGGGAGAGACCCCAGAGGUCGUCAGAGACAUGACAAAGAACAUGCUUCCUCCUGGGGCAGCCCGUUCUGUCCCGGAUAAGUCCUGCAGCUUCAGACCCAUUGCACCUGCCUUUUAGGAUAGUGCCCAACUUAAUUUCUUUUAUAGGAAAGAAAACUGAAUGUGAUGGAGGAAGGGGGGAGUUACUGGCCCAAGGCCACAAAGUGGGUGCAUACUUUUCACAGAUCAGGGCAGUGCUGACAGGAGGAAGAGAAGGAAGCCGAUGGAGACCAGCUUUUCUUACUGGAAGUCACACUGGCCAGAGCUAGACACUGAUUUACUGAAUUUUGUUUGUCUUGAUUGAAUUACAGGCAACAAAAUUGGGGUUUGGGUAGGUGGCAAAGUGUCUGAGGGAGGUUGGGGGCAGAAGGCCCUUUGGCUCAGUAGCUACAUUACUUUGGGAAAGUCCACUGAGCUUCUCAGAUAACAUCUCUUCUAUCAACUACCCUGAACUGAAUGCAAGCGUGGACAAAAAGGCUGCCUGAACCUGGGCAAAGCUGUCGAAGGCUGGCAUGGAGAGCUCCUUAAGAGUCACUCCUUUUUUUGCCCCAGAUAGGACUGAACACAGCCCCUCACCCAUGACUUCUGGGAGAUGGUACGAGAUGAGGUGAUGGAAAACCAAAGCUUGGAACUGAGUGAUGAAGGAAGGUUAUGGAGGGAACAUUGGCUCCUAGAAUUCCUCAAGACCCUGGCGUAGGGGUUGGUGCAUCAUCUUUUGAAGCCGAGGGAAUUAGACAUAGUGGCCUCUGGAGAUGUUUUCCAGACUGAGUAGAUUGGAAGAAGACAAGGGAGCCUUUUAAAACCAUCUGGUUAAUCCUCACCUCAAUUUUAUAGAUAAAGAAAAUGAACCCUGGAUGAGGGGAAAUGACUUGACUAAGGUCACACAGCUUGUCAGUGGUAGAAACAGGUAGAAGCAGGUCUGCUGGAGUUCUCUCUCACAUCUUGGUAUCCCCAAUCCUUUGGGCUACUUUCAUCCCUCUGGCCACUGAAGCCAGGCAGAGCCCGAACAUUCCCUGAUGAAUAAGAGGGAAUGGCCUGCUCCCCACUAAAGCUCACAUCCUAACUUUCCAUCUCUCCAUAUCCCCAUCCCAGGGCAGGGCCUUGAAGGAGGGGGCAGGGGGUGAUGAAACACCCAAACAACAGGAAUUGAAGGCAAUCCUGAGGACAUGUGGCUGGGCUGGGGUAGACCCCAGCUGUGGUUACCCUCUUUUCAUUCCUGGGUGACAGGACUCCAAUUAUCUGAUUGUCUCUCUCCUUGGAACAAGACACUUGUGAAUUGACACCAAAAUGAAAAAAACCAACCGAAGUCCAACAGGUAAAGAAGUAAAUACAUACAUACAAAUGACCCAACUCAGAUCUGGUUCUCAAGUCCAAAGCGUGGAGACUUCCCUGGGGGCACAGCAUGGCUGCAGCUGAGGCAGGGAGCUGGAUGAGAUGGCUGACCUGAUCAUCCCCAACCCCAUCCUCCCCGCUCUCCUCCAGACUCUUCCUUCUCCCCUUCUGUCCUUCCUGGCCACCUCAUCCACUUCCCUGGUUGUUGCGACAAUUGCAUUUGAUAAAGAUAGGGGAAAGGAACAAAAGAAAAUAGGAGGAAAACCAGAAACCAACUUGCUUGCUAUCAUGAUGUAACUUGGGAAACAUGGUCCGUGCUGGAUCCAGGGUGAAACAGAAUUGGAAUCUCUGUCAGUAGAACUUGGACUUGGAACCUCCGAGGAAGGAGCAUGUAAUCGGCACCUCUGUGGAAUGGGAACCUCUGUUGGAUGAAACAGGCGUUGGAGCUUGGAACCUCCGUGGAAGAAACAUGAACUUGGAGCUUCCGCAGAUGGGACACUGAAUGGGAACCUCCAUAGAACCAGACUCUCUGCUGACGGAACAUUGUUGUUCCCUCGACCCCCCCUCCCCCCACCCUCCCCCCCUCACAAUUUUAUUACAUUAGUUUCAAGAAAGCGUACAUUGGUCAUGCAUAAAUCAAAU